AUGAUGUCAUCACAUAACCAAGAAUAAUUGGUCCGAUCUAGAGUUUAAAUCCUAAUGGUUAACUUAAACAUCGCCUUAGGGUCAUUAAAUAUUGGGUAUGUUGUUACAUACUUGACAUUGUCCAUUGAUACGCUAUUCGCAGUACUAGACAUUAAUGAGGAGGAAAAAACAGAAAAACUUAGUCUGCUUGCUGGGAUACUUCCAUUAGGUAACGUAGUUGGAGUGUUUGUUGGCUAUUUACUUAAAUAAAAGUUUACAAACAAACAAUGUCUCCAUAUAGCCGAUCUAAUAGGAAUAACUAGUUUAUUAGCGGUUAUCUCAAACUACUAUCUUAUUGUUGUCAUAAGAUUUAUUCUCGGAGUCUCGAAUGGAAUAUCAAGCUAUUUGAUGCCAGUUUACAUAAAGUCUAUCUGUCCAUAAUAAUAUUUUGGUUAGUUUAGUAUGUUUAUUGGAUAUGGAAUAAAUACAGGAUAUGCCAUAGGUUAAUUAAUGGGGAUUGGUUAUAUAGAAUACUCAGGACCAUCUUCGAAUUGGUGGAGAGUAGUUUUUUUGUUCCCGACGGUUAUAUGCGUCAUUCGUUCUUGCAUAAUGCACUUUCUUUACAAUUAUGACAGUCCUGAAUAAUUGAUAAAGAGGGGAAACUUAGAACAAGCAAAAUAUGUGAUUUGUUAGAUCUAUAAAGAUUAAUAUGUAGAUGAAUAAUUUGAAAGGUACAAAAUAUUGGCUGCUUAAUUAUAAUUAUAAAAUAAUUAAUCAUUUUAUCACAUUUUUGAAAGAAAGAAACUAAUUACUUUAUAGACUGGGAUUAUAUCGGUAUUUCUUUAAAUAUGGUGUGGAGUUUUUGCAGUCUUCUAUUACAGUGCUUAAAUCUUUUCGGAUAUGACAAAUGAUGAUGUAGUUUAGAAAACCAUAUAUACUUGUUGUUUAGGAUUAUCAGGAUUUGUGUCUCAGUUUUUUACAAUAUGUAUGGUCAAUAAAUUGGGGAACAAAUAUAUCUUAAGUAUUAAAUUCUACUAUUCAAAAGUGAUUGGAUCUUUUGUAAUUGGGUCACUCAAUUUAGCUGUUUCCAUCCUAUCAAAACACGCUUCAGAAGGAAAUGACGUUACUAUUUUUGUUCUCUUAUUACUCUUAAUAAUGACCUUUGGUUCGACGCUAGGUCCUGCAGCUUGGAGCAUUGUACCACAACUAAAUGACUGUGAAGGAACCUUUCUUGCCACAGAACUCCGAUGGGCAUUCUAAGCUAUUGUUGUAUUUUGCUAUCCUUUUAUGGAAAAGAAUCUUAAUAUAUUUGGAUCCUUCUUAUUGUUUGCUAUUAUUGACUACAUGUAUUUCAUCUAUUGUCAUUUCUUCUUAAUAGAUGGCAGAGGGAAAACCAACAAUGAACUAAUAGCAGCCUAUCAUAAAAAAUUUUCCUAUCCAGUUGUUCCAAUAACAAAUGAAUAAUCAGAAAAUCUACAAUCAGAUUUACAGUCAAGACAAAAUUUACAAUAACCUAACUAAUAAUAAGGUAACUUUACUAAUCAAAGAGAACUAUGA